AAACAUAAUGCCUCCGGCCAUGGCUGUGCCGUCGCCGAAGCAUGAAAAGCGGGUCACUCCAAUAGCGGUUGCCAGUGGAUAGACGGAUGACUCCUGGAUUGCACUCUGUGCUCUCUCCCAUAUCACCAUCUCACAACGCUACCUCCAGGGUCUCCACAAUGAAACAGAUUUGCGCUUCCACAAAACAAACCGCCCGUGGAAGACUACGCGUGGCCAGAUUAAGUUUGCAGUUUACAAGUGAGGAAAUCUUAGUCACAUGGGAGUUUUGUAAAUACAGUCCUUCCAACCAAACAGGCCAAGAUAGGCAGGGGUGUCAACAGAUUGUGCCAUUAAAAUUCUAAACAUAUGAUUUUACCUCGGUCUCUGUAUACUGUUUAAGUUCAUGACUAUCUUUUUAUUUUCACUCUUACUCCUCUCAAUACAAAUUUGCACACUUCUCUUAAUAUUUUAACCGUCCGUGGUUUUUGGCAUAUCGCCGAUAUGUUUUAAUGUACAAAACACUGCGCGCGUUUUAUUCAUCACAAUUCGUCACUUCCGCUGGUAGUAUGUUACAUCCGUGUGGAAGAGAAAGGAGCGAGGAGGCAGUUGGAGAACGGGCAGUCUCGCUGUCAUAUAAAUUCGUUGUAAAUAAUCUCAAUCAAGAGGAUAUGAGCGACAACGAGAAGGAUUUCGUUGAGCGGGAGUCCCGCUCGGCUUCCAGGAGCGUGAGCCCUCAGGGGUCGGGCAAGUCGGCCAGUCGCUCCCCAGCCCAGUCCCCCGCCCUGUCCAAGGAGGGGUCCCGUCACUCCCACUCCAAGUCUCGGUCCCGCUCCAGGUCUAAGUCUAGGUCGCGUUCCCACCGGAGCUCCCGCCGGCACUAUUCCCGCUCCCGCUCCCGCUCGCACCGCCGCCGCUCCCGGAGCCGCUCCUACAGCGGGGAAUACCGGCGCCGACGCAGCCGCAGCCACACCCACUCGCCCAUGUCCAACCGCCGCCGCCACAUCGGCAACAGGGCAAACCCAGAUCCCAACUGCUGCCUGGGUGUGUUCGGUCUCAGCUUGUACACCACGGAGAGGGAUCUGAGGGAGGUGUUCUCCAAAUACGGCCCCAUUUCCGACGUCAGCAUCGUGUACGAUCAGCAGUCCCGCCGCUCCAGGGGCUUCGCGUUCGUCUACUUUGAGAACAGAGAGGAUUCCAAAGAGGCUAAGGAGCGUGCCAAUGGAAUGGAGUUGGAUGGCCGAAGGAUCAGAGUCGACUUCUCAAUCACAAAAAGACCUCACACCCCCACGCCUGGAAUCUACAUGGGGCGGCCAACAUAUGGCGGAGGUGCAGGAGGCCCCAGUGUUAGCCGGCGCUACUCGCGGGAUUACUACGACAGAGGGUAUGACCGGGGCUAUGAUCGCUACGACGAUCGGGACUACUACAGAUCUUACCGGCGCCGGUCCCCCUCUCCAUACUACAGUCGAGGGGCCUACAGGUCCAGAUCCCGAUCACGCUCAUACUCCCCCCGUCAUUACUGAAGAGCUGAACAUUUGGAACGCUCGUCACUGAAAAUGACUGGGAUUGGUGGGGAUGGGAGGGGGGCGGGGUGGGAGUGGUCUGGGUAAGGAUAAUUUUUUGUUUGAGUUAAGUUUGUGUCCCUGACAAACAUGGCCUUUUUGCCCCAGGUGUAGCUGUGCUGUGCUUAUCGAACUGAAUACCUUGUGCUGUAUUUUGCCCCAUUUUUUAAAUUUGUAAAUGUAUGCAAGUACCAUGUUUUGUUGAAGUUGAGCUCCUGUUUGGCUGGUAAGACUGCAGAGCUCUAGUCCACUUCAGUGUGAUUUUAAGUCGGCAGUAUUCAAUAAACUGCUUAUUUACACUA